AUGAUAGAGAGGAUGAGUGAAAAAGAAAAUCUUAAAGACAAAAGUCUAACAAAACUAGAACUUGAGUUAAAACGUCAAAUUUUCAAACAAAAUCAAAUUUUUUCAAAUAUUACUAAAAUCUUCAAAAUGUCUUACCAAAUGUGUGCAAAUUUCAUCAAUACUCCUUAUAAUAAUAUUCCUCUUGAUAAAUGCCAUCCUUACUGA